AUGUGUCACUGCAGAUCUUCUCUUCUACUGCCAGCCACUUACUUAUUUGCUUCUCAAGUCGCUGCUUCUCCAGUUUCUGCUUUUCCACUCGCCGCUUCUCCAGUUGCUGCUGCCACUGCUCUCCUCCCCACAGCCAGCUCCAGGAGGGUUUCAACAGCUUCUCUUGCUGCUCUUCUUUCUGCUCUCCUCUCCUCCCCACAGCCAGAGCAGUUGCUCCUGUCACUGCUGCUCCGUCUUCCCACCCUACUCCUUAACAAUCCCACACAGCAAAACGACGAAGACAGCAGGAAAUGGCGGGAGGAGGAGGAGCAAGGGCGGGAGGAGGAGGAGGAGGAGGAGGAGGAGGAGGAGGAGGAGGAGGAGGAGGAGGAGGAGGAGGAGGAGGAGGAGGAGGAGGAGGAGGAGGAGGAGGAGGAAGAGGAGGAGGAGGAGGAGGAGGAGGAGGAGGAGGAGGAGGAGGAGGAGGAGGAGGAGGAGGAGGAGGAGGAGGAGGAGGAGGAGGAGGAGGAGGGAGGAAGCAGGAAGAAGAGGAGGAGGAAGGAAGGGAGGAGGGAGGAAGCAGGAAGUAGAGGAGGAGGAAGGAAGGGAGGAGGAGGAGGGAGGAAGCAGGAAGAAGAGGAGGGGGAAGGACGGGAGGAGGAGGAGGGAGGAAGCAGGAAGAAGAGGAGGAGGAGGGAGUGUCGUUACUGGCGAGGCUACUCCCACAAGCCACAGACCCAUAGGGUUGCCCGGAUGCACUUACACUGA